GUUCUAUUCACCGGCACCGUUGUUCUACAGAGACCUGGCUGACAUUUUUCUCCUCAGAAAAAAUUGAGUUUGUAAAACAGCAGGAAAGAAACCUGGUUUUUUGCUAAUGGAGAAGGGAAAAGAAUCUAGUCUGUUUGUUAAUGAUGGUUCAUUCAUGGAGAGAUUCAAGCAGCUUCAACAGGAGAAGGAGCAGAAGGAAAAAGAGAAACUUGUGCCAGUAGAGCAACUUAAAUCAGGCCCAAAUCUAUCAGGAACUUCAACACCUAAGCUUGUCAUUGGUAAACCAAUGAUGAGUAUUAAGGCAAAUGAUUCUCGUAAAACUUCUCAAGCUGCUUCGAGUGGUAAGCUUGCGUUCAGCUUGAAACAAAAAUCGAAACUUGUGGCACCCCCUGUUAAGUUAGGUGAAGAUGAGGAUGAAGAAAAAACAGAAGCCGGAAAUCCAUCUGAUGAUGGACCAGUAAAGCGGCAGAAGUUGGGUGAGCCUGACGCUUUUCAGCAAUCAUCCAGACAAGUUGAUGUUGCACCACCUUCCCCAAGUGAUCCUACAGUGAAGAAAGUUGCAGACAAACUAGCAAGUUUUGUGGCUAAGAAUGGGAGGCAGUUUGAACAUAUUACACGUCAAAAAAAUCCUGGAGACACUCCCUUUAAGUUUUUGUUCGAUCAAAGUUGUUCUGAUUAUAAGUACUAUGAAUAUCGGCUUAGUGAAGAGGAGAAAGCUCUGUCAGAAUCCAUGGAUAACCAAACGCCCCAAAGUGCAGGUAAUAUGGCUAGUGCCAAUAGUACUGCAACAAGUGGUUCUCAAAGGUCAUAUCAACAACAGUCAAAUUACCAAAUUCCUGCCUCAGCUUUAUAUGAAACAGCAGAGAAUAUGACAGCUUCUAGUGCAUCAGUACCAGAAUCAUCAACUGGAAGAUCAGGGGAAUCUAGCGCGCUAACAGCUGCUGACCCUAUUGCCAUGAUGGAGUAUUACAUGAAGAAGGCAGCUCAUGAAGAAAAAUUUAGGCCACCAAAAGCAUCAAAGGACGAGAUGCCUCCCCCUGCUUCACUCCAAGCUUCUGGUAAAAAAGGACAUCACAUGGGUGACUAUAUUCCUCCUGAGGAACUUGAGAAGUUCUUAACCAGUUGUAAUGAUGUUGCUGCGCGCAAAGCUGCAAAGGAGGCUGCAGAGAAGGCAAAAAUUCAGGCAGAUAACAUUGGCCACAAACUUCUGUCAAAAAUGGGUUGGAAAGAAGGCGAAGGCCUUGGGAGCUCCAGAAGUGGUAUUGCUGAUCCAAUUAUGGCAGGUGGUGUGAAAAAGGACAACCUGGGCGUUGGUGCUCAGAAUCCGGGAGAAGUGACAGCUGAGGAUGACAUUUACGAACAGUACAAGAAGCGGAUGAUGCUCGGCUAUCGUUACCGGCCAAACCCUUUGAACAAUCCUCGGAAAGCAUAUUACUGAAGAACUCUUUUCCAAGUGCAAAUCUACUUGUAAGACUCUGCUGAAAUAACUUGACUCAAAUGUAUUGUCAUUUGUGGAAAUUUGCGCGAGUUUAGGUUCAAACACUGUACUUGCAUGUUUUUUUUGGAUUUAUAAAGCCAAUUAGUUUUGAAUAGUUUUACAUCCUA